UGGUCCUCGUACAAUAGACGCACUGCCUCACUUCUCCAUCACGGCGCAUCAUUACAAUAGCGGGGGAGGGCCCCUCUCCUCGGAUGACGGUCCCGGUUAUGGGAGGGUACGGGAGGCGGGACCAGAUCAGUGUCCGUUCCUCGGAGCUUGCGAGUCUGGGACUAGGGCUGGAGAGAUCGCCGGUGAGCAUCGUCACCACUCCAGCACGGAGCCUCGCUUGGCCGAACGCUGCGCCGCGCACUCGUCGGGAUUGCUCAACAUUCCUGAGAAAUAUACCUGCUAUUUAUGGCAUGUGGCUGGUAACUUUAUUCCUGCUGUACUCUUUACAAGAAGUGAACAGUGAGGAUGUGGUCUCGACGCGGCUGUACUUUGUAAACGCCUCCCUGCAGCGGGUGACCUUCUCCAGCUCGGUCGGGGUGUCCCUGCCCUGCCCCGCGGGCGGCGCACCCCAUGCCGUCCUGCGCUGGUACCUGUCCACCGGCGAUGACAUCUACGACGUGCCCCACAUCCGCCACGUGCACGCCAACGGCACCCUCCAGCUCUACCCUUUCUCGCCAUCCGCCUUCAACAGCUACAUCCAUGACAACGAAUACUUCUGCACCGCAGAGAACCAGGCCGGCAAGAUCCGCAGCCCCAGCAUCCACGUCAAAGCAGUGUUCAGGGAGCCCUAUACGGUGCGGGUGGCAGACCAGCGCUCCAUGCGGGGCAACGUGGCCGUGUUCAAGUGCCUCAUUCCCACCGCAGUGCAGGAGUACGUCAGCGUGGUGUCCUGGGAGAAAGACACCGUCUCCAUGGUGCCAGGGAACCGUUUCUUCCUGACGUCGUUCGGGGCCCUGUACAUAUCAGAGGUCCAGAAGGAAGAUGCCCUGUCCACCUACCGCUGCAUCACCAAGCACAAAUACAGUGGAGAGACUCGCCAGAGCAAUGGAGCCAGGCUGUCUGUUAUGGACCCUACGGAGUCCACCCCCUCAGUGUUGGACAGUUUCCAGUCCGGCGAGGUCCAAGUGGGACGUAUUGUGGAGCUGCCCUGCAUCGCCUCGGGCUACCCCAACCCCACCAUCCGCUGGCUGAAGGACGGGCGCCCGCUGCCCGCCGACUCCCGCUGGACGCGCCGCCUCACGGGCCUGACGGUCAGCGACCUGCGUCUGGAUGACAGCGGCAACUACAUCUGUGAGGUCACCAACAGCUUCGGCUCCAAAGAGGUGACCGGUCACCUCAACGUCAUCGAGCCGUUGAGAGUGACUCUGUCUCCCAAGAACCUGAAGACGGGCAUCAGCAGCACGGUGAUCCUGUCGUGUUCCGUGCAGGGUUCUCCCCACUUCACCCUGUCCUGGUACCGCAACACAGAACCCGUCCUCCCCGACCAGCACUUCUCCAUCCAGGGGGCCCACAACGAGACCCUGUUCAUCUCCGCUGCCCAGAAGAGACAUUCGGGAGCCUACCAGUGCUUCGCCACCCGCAAGGGCCAGACUGCACAGGACUUCUCCAUCAUACUGCUGGAGGAUGGUACGCCCCGUAUCGUGUCCUCCUUCAGUGAGCGUGUGGUGGUCCCGGGGGAACCCUUCUCCCUCAUGUGCGCUGCCAAAGGUGCCCCUCCCCCCACCAUCACCUGGACCCUGGAUGACGAGGCUGUGGCCAGGGACCCGUCCCGGGUGAGGGCCAGCCAGUACACGCUGUCGGACGGCUCCACCGUGUCCCACGUCAACGUCAGCAGCCCGGAGAUCCGCGACGGAGGGGUGUAUCGCUGCGCCGCACGCAACUCGGCCGGUAGCGCCGAGUACCAAGCGCGCAUAAACGUAAGAGGUUCUCCCAGGAUCAGGGAUAUGCGUAACAUCACGGCGGUGGCUGGGAGGAACACCUUUAUAAACUGCCGCGUGAUUGGCUAUCCCUACUACUCAAUCAAGUGGUACAAGGAGGGACUUCUGCUGCCCGACAACCAUCGUCAGGUGGUGUAUGAGAAUGGUACUCUGAAGCUAAGUGACGUUCAGAAGGUCUUGGACGAGGGUGCGUACCUCUGCAGCGUGCUCAUCCAACCACAGAUCUUCAUCAGCCAGACCGUCUACGUCCAGGUCAAAGUGCCCCCUCUGAUCCAACCCUUUGACUUCCCCCCCACCUCCAUUGGGAAGCUCAUGUACAUCGCCUGCGUGGUGUCGUCUGGCGACAUGCCCAUCCACAUCACCUGGCGUAAGGACGGCCAGGAGGUCGCGCCCUCAUCCGGCGUCAACAUCGAGACCAAGGAGUACAUGAGCUCGCUGCAGAUCGGCAAGGUGUCGCUCAAGCACAAUGGCAACUACACCUGCAUCGCUAGCAACGACGCCGCCACCGUCAGCUCUGAGAGGCAGCUCACUGUCACAGUGCCUCCUCAGUUUGUGGUCCAGCCCAAUAACCAGGACGGGAUCUAUGGCAAGGCGGGGGUCCUCAACUGCUCCGUGGACGGAUACCCGCCUCCCAAAGUCAUGUGGAAGCAUGCCAAAGGUAUAGGGAACCCCCAGCAGUACCACCCAGUGCCUCUGACCGGUCGGAUCCAGAUCAUGGGGAACGGCUCCCUGCUGAUUCGUCACGUCCUGGAGGAGGACCGGGGCUACUACCUCUGUCAGGCCUCCAACGGCGUGGGCUCCGACAUCAGCAAGAGCAUGGUCCUGACGGUCAAGAUCCCGGCAAUGAUCACGUCGCACCCCAACACCACCAUGGCCAUUAAGGGCCAGAUUAAGGAGCUGAACUGCACAGCGAGGGGGGAAUGGCCUAUCAUCAUCCGUUGGGAGCGCGGUGACACGGUCAUCGACCCCGACCGUAACCCUCGCUACGCCAUCACCACCAGCCCCAACGAGAAGAGUGACGAAGUAUUGUCUACGCUGAAGCUGAAACCAGCAGAGCGAGGUGACUCGGUCUUCUUCUCCUGCCAUGCCAUCAACUCAUAUGGGGAGGGCCGGGGCCUCAUCCAGCUCACUGUGCAAGAGCCCCCAGACCCUCCAGAGUUGGAGGUGAGGGAGGUGAAGGAUCGGAGUAUGAACCUGCGCUGGACCCAGAGAUUUGACGGCAACAGCAUCAUCACCAGCUACGACAUUGAGUACAAGAACAAGACAGAUCCUUGGGAGUUGAAGCAUGCCACCCGUAAGAUCUCCCCCACCAAUAACCAGGCCAACAUCGUGGAUCUACACCCUGCCCAAAUCUACAGCAUCCGCAUGUUCUCCUACAACAAGAUCGGACACAGUCAAGCCAGCAAGGAGCUCACCAUCAGCACAGAGGAAGCACAGCCGGAUGGUCCUCCUGUGGAGGUUUUCCUCCUGCCUAUGACCUCGCAGAGCAUCCGCGUCACCUGGAAGGCCCCCAGGAAGGAGCUUCAGAACGGGGUGAUCCGGGGCUACCAGAUCGGUUACCGUGAGAACGGGCCGGGCAGUAACGGCCAGUACAGCAUCGUGGAGAUGAAGGCCACGGGGGACAACGAGGUGUACACCCUGGACAACCUGAAGAAAUUUGCCCAGUAUGGAGUGGUGGUCCAGGCCUUCAACAGGGCUGGCACCGGCCCCUCCAGCUCUGAGAUCAACGCUACCACACUGGAAGAUGUGCCCAGUCAGCCGCCCCAGAACGUGCGGGCCAUCUCAGUGACAUCAGACGAGGCGGUAAUCACGUGGGCGGAGCCCCCACGUCUGACGCUGCACGGCGUGCUGAAGGGCUACCGGGUGGUCUUCUGGUCCCUCUUCCCCGACGGAGAGUGGGGAGAGAUGCAGAACAUCACGACAACCCGGGAGCAGGUGGAGCUGAGAGGGCUGGAGAAGUUCACUAACUACAGUGUGCAGGUGCUGGCCUACACCCAGGCUGGGGACGGGGUCAGGAGCAAUGUCCUGUACAUCCAGACCCGCGAGGACCACCCUGGCCCCCCGGCUGGCAUCAAAGCUGUGCCCUCUUCCACCAGCAGUGUGGUGGUUUCCUGGCUACCCCCGCACAAGCCCAAUGGAAUCAUCCGCAAGUACACCAUCUACUGCUCCAGCCCCGGAUCAGGCCAACCGGCUCCCAGUGAGUACGAGGCCAACCCCGAGCUGCUGUUCUACCGGGUCACCCACCUGAACCGCGGACAGCAGUACCUCAUCUGGGCCGCCGCCGUCACCACCGCCGGACGGGGGAACAUCAGCGACAAGGUCACUGUGGAGCCUGCUGGGAAGGCACCAGCUAAGAUCCUAUCGUUCGGAGGUACGGUGACCACUCCCUGGAUGAAGGAGGUGAGGCUACCCUGCAGCUCAGUGGGCGAACCCACCCCCACCAUCAAAUGGACCAAAGACAGUGAGGACACAGCCAUCCCGGUAACUCUGGACGGUCAGAGGCUCAUCAUGGCCAAUGGCACGCUGGUCCUACGCUCGGUGAAAGCUGAGGAUUCUGGGUACUACACGUGCACGGCCACCAACACGCUGGGCUUUGACACCAUCAUUGUCAACCUGCUGGUGCAAGUUCCUCCGGACCAGCCCCGUCUGACUGUCUCCACCACCUCCUCCACCUCUAUCACCCUGGCCUGGAUCCCCGGGGACAACGGAGGAUCCUCCAUCAGAGGUUUCGUGCUGCAGUACUCGGUGGACAACAUAGAGGGGUGGAGGGAUGUGUUCAUCAGUUCCAGUGAGAGGUCCUUCAAGCUGGACAACCUGCGCUGUGGCACCUGGUACAAGGUCAAACUGGCCGCCAAGAACAGCGUGGGAGCGGGACGCAUCAGUGAAAUCAUCGAGGCUAAGACCCACGGACGAGAGCCCCAGUUCAAUAAGGACCAUCCGGUGUUCACCCACGUCAACUCUACCCACGCCCGGCUCAACCUGCAGGGCUGGGCGAGCGGUGGCUGCCCCAUCACGGCCGUGCUGCUGGAGUUCAGACCUAAGGGGAACUGGGCGUGGCAGAACGUUCGCACCAACGCCACGGCCGACGUGUUCCUGGCUGAGCUCCGCGAGGCCACCUGGUACGAGCUGAAGAUGAAGGCGUGUAACAGCGCCGGCUGCGGGAACCAGAGCUCUCAUUUCGCCACGCUGGACUACGACGGCACAGGUACCAUCCCUCCCAUCAAGUCAGCGCGGCCCGAAGGCGAUGACGUUAAGAAGCUCUUCUCCAUUGGCUGCCCCGUCAUCCUGGUCACUCUAGUCGCCGCCCUGCUCUUCAUCAUCCGCAAGAAACGCAAAGAGAAGAGACUGAAGAGACUGAGAGAUGCCAAAAGCCUGGCUGAGAUGCUGAUCAGCAGUAAGAAUAACCGGAGCUUUGACACCCCUGUGAAGGGGCCCCCCCAGGGCCCCCGUCUCCACAUCGACAUCCCCAGAGUCCAGCUGCUCAUCGAGGACAAGGAAGGCAUCAAGCAGAUCGGUGAAGACAAAGCCACCAUCCCAGUGACGGACACAGAGUUCAGCCAGAACGUGAAUCCCCAGAGCUUCUGUACGGGCGUGUCUGUGCAUCACCCCGCCCUCAUCCAGAACACCGGCCCUCUGAUUGACAUGUCCGACAUCAGACCAGGGACAAACCCGGUGUCGAGGAAGAGCGUUAAGUCGACCCACAGUACGAGGAACCGCUACUCCAGCCAGUGGACCCUGACCAAGUGCCAGUCGUCCACGCCCGCACGUACCCUCACCUCCGACUGGCGCACCGUGGGCUCCCAGCAUGGCAUCACUGUCACCGAGAGCGACAGCUACAGCGCCAGCCUCUCACAGGACACGGAUAAAGGGCGUAACAGCAUGGUGUCCACAGAGAGCGCGUCCUCCACCUAUGAGGAGCUGGCGCGGGCCUACGAACACGCCAAGCUUGAGGAGCACCUGCAGCACGCCAAGUUUGAGAUCACCGAGUGCUUCAUCUCCGACAGUUCCUCAGACCAGAUGACCACGGGCACCAACGACAACGCCGACAGCAUGACCUCCAUGAGCACGCCGUCCGAAACAGGCCUGUGUCGCUUCACCGCCUCGCCACCCAAACCCCAGGAAUACGACCGCGGCAGACCUACCAACGUUGCCGUGCCCAUCCCCCACCGCGCCAACAAGAGCGAGUGGACUGGAAAAAGUGACUACUGUAACCUUCCCCUCUACAUGAAGACAGACCCUUUCUUCCGGAAGCAGUCGGAGCUGCGUGACCCGUGCCCGGUGGUGCCGCCCCGCGAGGCCUCCAUCCGCAGCCUGGCCCAGCGGGCGUACCACACCCAGGGCCGCCACAUGACUCUGGACUCCUCCAAGCAGCAGCAGGCUCUGACUGUGGGCCAUGCUGGCCUGGCCGGCCUCAGCGCCUCAGGGGGAGCAUCAGGGGGCGGUGGUAGUGUAGGAGGGGUGACUGGAGGGCCGUCUGGUGGUUCCAGCACCUCCUCCCUGCCCCAGAGGACUCUCACCAUGCCCGGCUCCUCCUCUUCCUCUGCGCAGAGCGCUGCAGCCGCUACCGACGCAGCCGCGGGAGGAGACUCUAGAGACCCUCUGCUGGAGAGCAGCUCGUCAGGCCCGGGCAGACUAGAGAGACAGAAGCAGGCGGCUGGCGGGGCCUACUCCAAAUCGUAUACACUGGUGUAGCAGGAGCCACUGGCGUGGAUGUUGGAGCCUUGGGAAGGGUUUAGGGGCCACACAGACACACGUACACACACCUGACUCCUGCACUGUCAGGCCAGAGGGGGGCCUCUCGGCAGGGGCAUUAUGGGGCUUUUUAUAGCACAGGGGUUUUAUCUUCUUUCUGCCUUUUCUCUCUCUUCCUCUGUUGUUUUGUUUUACCUUCCUUGGAAAUAACUUGCUGAACUCAAGAUCAUUUUUGUAUUUGUUUUUGCAAACUUCUUUCCCCCUCUCUCUCACUCUCUCUCCCACUAUCCCUCUCUCUCUCUCUCUCUCACUCUCCCACUAUCCCUCUCUCUCUCACUCUCCCACUAUC